AUGUGGGGGGGAUGCUAUCAGAACUGUCAUUCACGUGCGGUCAGUCCUUUCGUCGUACACAGCCUUUCCAUUCAUUCAUUUUUUUCAUUCACUCCUCACAUAUUUUUGGUUUUUUUUUUUAUUAUUGGUUCCGUUUUUUCUUUGCAGACGACAACUCUUUCUUUCUGUAAUGGUCUCUGGAUUACUGUAUAUAUACAAGCCCAUAGCAAACGGAGAUCUAUCUAUCUAUCUAUCUAUCUAUCUAUCUAUCUAUCUCUGACUGCAUGUCUAUCUAUCUAUCUAUCUAUCUAUCUAUCUAUCUAUCUAUCUAUCUAUCUUACUAUCUAUCUAUCUCUGACUGCUCAUCUAUCUAUCUAUCUAUCUAUCUAUCUAUCUAUCUGUUCAUCUCUCUCUCUCUCUCUCUAUCUAUCUAUCUAUCUAUCUAUCUGUUCAUCUCUCUUCUCUCUCUCUAUCUAUCUAUCUAUCUAA